AUGUUUGUAAGAUCUGAACUGGUGACAGUAGUUAACACCAGUGCCAGGAUGAGAACACAUAUCCUUAUAUUGUUAGCUUUUAUUCUGGUGGAAGGAAAGGGAGGAGGGGGUAGAGGUGGAGGAGGAGGAGGCAGAGGUGGAGGUGGUGGGAGAGGUGGAAGAGGAGGUGGAGGUAGAGCUGGGGGUAGAAGUGGUAGUAGAGGUGGGGGCUUAUUCGGAGGGAGAGGCUCCUCAAGUGGAGUUACUCGCAGAUCAAGUAUUACUUGGUUGGGAAGAAGCUCAGGAGGUAAAAGUAAAGCCAGUAGUUCAUAUCCUAUGCAAAAAUGGGGUACCAGUGUUCCAGGAAUAAGCAAAACAAACCCAAGCAUAAACUAUAAGAGUAGAUAUUCACAACCUGGGUAUGGAACAAACUUCGGUACAAGCUUUAGUAAGAAAAACCAAUACAGGCAGAAACCAGGAUACUCCAAGAAAGUAUUGGGAUUAGGAGUUGCAGCUGGAUUUGUUGGAGGAGCUACCUUGGGAGCAGCAUAUACAGAGGCUAAGUACAGUGUAUAUCAUAGAUAUCAAGCAUUCAAGAAUAUGAUGCAUUCAAAAGGGUUUAGAAGUUAUAGAACUGAAAAUAGUGUAUAUGAUACUGAUGAUGGUGAUUACUAUUCCUCCUACUAUGAGAGUAACCAAUGUCUUGGAGGAUGUCCGGAUAAUGGCCACUGUGAAUGGGGGAUCUGUGAAUGUAACUCAGGUUUUGAAAGAUUAUAUGGACAAUGUCAUCCUAAACAUACAGAAUUGGAUCCUGAUAAUUUAGGGUAUUAUGAUUCUGUUCCUUGUUGCUCUGACAUGAACAUGAUCUGUGAAGAUGAUGGAAAAUCAGGAAAAUGUCAAUGCAAACCAGAUAUGAGGUAUAAUAAACAAGCUCAUGAAUGUCAAAUUUACAUAGAUGUAAAUUGCACUGCUUUUACAUAUGAGACCCCACCUUCACCUGUGAUUUUAGAAUCUGUAAAUAAUACAAUCUCACAAGAAAAUUAUUCUAUAUUUAAUGAUAAAAACCAAACUCCAAAGAAUUAUUCUGCAGACAAAAAUUCUACAGAAAGCAAAACAACCCGAAUUGAAGAAAGUUUACGCAACAGUCUUCUUACAAAACUUGAUAAAGAUAAAGCUACUGAAAAUGAUUUAACUGAAGCUUUCUGCCGUGAUGUUGAUUCUUUUAACUUUGACAUGAAUACAGAAGAUGCAAGUUUAAGACCUUCCAACUGUGAAAAGAUUCCUGAAAAAGCUUGUGGAGUAGCAUAUGAUAGCUCAACUUGUUCAGGGGGAUGGGGAAUAGUGUUAGAUGAAGGAGGCAUAAGUUUCCCAUAUUUUAGUUCCUAUUGGAAAUAUCGGAAUGACAUUGAUGUUCUUGGGGUUAGAGCUGGAUGUUUUAUAACUGCCUUUUCAAGCACAGAAUUCACUGGGAAAAGUGAAACAUUUAAAGCAGAGUACACAGACCAGUGGAUUGUACUGAGUGAGUAUCCAAAAUAUAAACAUCUUUUUGAAGAUAUUGAAUCUCUGGUAUGCAUGUGUAUGAAAAGCUUAUAGAUUAGAUAAAUAUUGUGGUACUUUUUCUUUCAUAAAGGAUAAAAUGUAUA